AUGACGGUGACAGAAAAGGAGUCUCAAAACAUUCGGAAGUUCGUUUGCUCGCAGCUUCGCGAUGAACCGGAUCUCAGUUCUCUGACCAUCGGCGUGUUGAAGCAGCGCUAUCUGCAGCAGGUCUCCGCCGAAGCCUUGAGCUCUGAGGCCAAACAUUUUAUGAAGGAGGUGGUGAAGGAGGAGCUGGCCCGGAUCAUGGACAAUGAAAACAGCCCUAUGAAAACCGAGAGCAAGACUCCUUCUAAACGGAAAAGAGAAGGUGUGAGUGAAUGGGAGGAGAGUGCAAGUGAGGCAGGCGACUCAUCCAGGGCCAAGAGAUCUCGUCAUGAGUCUGGAUCUGCAGCUGAAUCCGAGGAUAAAAACAGCCACAUGGCCAGUGAUUGUUCUGAAGACAAAGUUGUUGUAAAAAAGAAGAAAAUGGUGGUUAAACAGAAGAAAACCGUGACAAGCAGCGACGAUUCAGAGGAUGAAGUACCCAGAGCGACCGCUAAAAGAGAAAAGCCAAACGGCAGAAAGACUAAUGCGCCUCGGAAUUCAAAAAAGAAGCCAGUGAGAGAGGGAUCGGUCAAUCCAAGGCAAGACAGCAGUGAGGAGUCUGAGGAAGAAAAAGGCCAUCAAGACAACGCAUCUGUCAAAACUAAGAAAAAUGUUGGUAAAAAGGAAAGUGAUGAUGGUAGCGAUGAGAUGGAAGCUGAAACAUCCCUGGGUAAAAGUCCACGAAAAGAUAACAGUAACAAAAGUGCUUCUUCGGAAUCCGAUGGUGAAAAGAACACAACGCUAAGUAAGAACACGAGUAAAGAACAAGAUGACGUCAGCAGUGAUGGAUCUGAAGUCGAGGGGAAAAAACAAGACGAAGAAAAUGCAAAAUCGCAAAGUGACAGUGAAGACGAUUCCUGCUCGGAUCAUUCAAGGAAAAAUGGGAAAAAAGAUGCGUCUUCAAACAAAAGUGCUAAAGAGAAUGGAGCGAAGGGAAAAGUUGAGGAGCCGGACUCUGAUUCCUCUUCACUGCCCUCUUUGGACGACGAUACAGACUACAAAAAAGAAAAAAAAGAAAGGCCUUCUGUGGUUAAGGAAAAGGGUAAUAAGAAGGAGAAGAAGUCAACAGGUAAAAAGGAGGAUCACAAAUCUUUGGUGAGGCUUAAACGCUACAUCACUCUCUGUGGCGUGAAAAGAAAUUAUAAGAAAAUGCUGGAGAACUGUAGUACUGUUAAAUCCAUGGCAGCAAGACUGAACAAGGAGCUGGAAGAUCUUGGAGUCAAAGGCACGCCUACUAUAGAGAAGUGCAAAAAGGCCCGAAAAAAGAGGGAGAGGGCUCAGGAGCUGUCUGAGCUUGAUACCAGCAACAUAAUAACAGGUCGACCUAAAAGACAGGCUGCUUUACCCUGGCACAGGCAGAGGGAGACCCCGGCUUCUACAUUCCAGCGCACACUGGAUUCAGACUCUGACAGUGACCAGCAGCAGUCUCAUAAAGUCUCACGGAAAACCAACUGGAAUAACCUCCAAGGAAUUAUCAGUGAUGGUGGAGAGAGUGACUAA